AUGGACGAGGGGGGAGCACCCAAUGACUCCCGCCUCAAGCUAGGUCCAGGCGGCGCCAGAGUUGACCUCAUCGGCACCCUCCCGGACUCUCUGCUUCUCGAGAUCCUCGAACGUCUCGGCUGCGACGCCGCCGCCGCCGCGCGCACGAGCAUCCUCUCCCGCCGCUGGCGCUACCUCUGGGCCCGCCGCCUCAAGGUCACCUUCGCCCUCCCCGACGUCCCAUACGGAGGACCCGACCUCAUCAGCGCCCUGCCAGACGAUCUGUUUCUCCAGAUCCUCGGCCGCCUCGGCUCCGUCCGCGCCGCCGCUCCCGCGAUCUGCGUCUCGCGCCGGUGGCGCGACCUCUGGACGCGCCUCCCCAAGGUCACCGUCGCCCUCCACGACGUCCCGUUCGGCUCGCUCGAGGCCGUGCUCGGCCGCGCUACAGCUCGUCUCUGGGCGUGCCACUACCUCCUCGACAUCCGCGUCCCUGUGCAAGUCGACAGGGUCUACGCCGGCAGCCUCCACUCGCUGCUCCUAGCCGCCGCGGCGCUCUCGCCUCUGGAGCUGCGCUUCACCCUCCCGCGUGACCUCACCGUCUCCGCCACCAACGUCAGCCUGCCCUGCUUCCAGCGCGCCACCUACAUAGAGCUGCACGCGCGAGACCUCCGCUUGUCCCCGAAACAUAUCGGUGGCCUCUGUUUCCACUCGCUGGAGAGUCUCUCCCUUUCGGGAUGCCACAUUAACCUCGAAACCUUCAUCCCUAGGCUAGGGCGCCUGCGCCGUCUUAGCUUGAGCAUCAUCAAUUUGGUAGGCAUGGACAACAUCACCAUCCACUCAUCGUCGCUGGAGGAACUCAUCGUGGACCACAAGAACAGAUGGACAUGCCUUACAAGUAUCAGCGUCAAGGCGCCCGUGCUUAAACAAUUGACAAUGUCCUUCCAUGCCGGAAGCGACGUCGCGGUGUCCAUCUUGGCACCAAUGAUGGAGAAGGUCUCAUGGCGGUGCUUGUAUACCAGUUUCAUUUACGGUCUUGGUCUUUGGGGAAUCUCGGAGGUGGGUUUAAAGACGGCAGAGAGACAUGAGCAGACCGACUCCCAGGAGGAGGAAGACGCUUCUUUGCAGCUCCCAAGCGUCCAUGUCCUGUCCCUGCACAUGUGUGCCCAAGAUUUGCUUAGUUUUCCAAAUGCAGACCUCAGCUUGGUUGCAGAGAUAGAUAAACAUAUGGUUACCGACUUCUCUAGUUUGGACCUACAUCUCAGAGCAAAGGGGCAUGUGUUUGGAGCAGUUGUGUUACAUCUCCUUGGGUUGAAUCGAAUUCAUACAGCUAUACAGAACCUUAAGAUCGUGCUACUAGGAUCAGAGGUGAAAAAUGCAUGCCCAGUUGAUUGUCUUUGUGAUGAGCCUAGUGACUGGAGAACACGAUCAAUCUUCUUGGCUGGUCUUGAAAAGGUGGAAAUUGAAGGUGUCGUAGGGGAGGAUCAUGAGCUUGAUUUCCUGAAAGUGAUAUUCAGAUGCGCACCCAUGCUUAGAAGAGUGGCCCUGGGGCUGUCAGAUGAGGCCACACCAAAUGAUGAUUGGUGCACGAAAAUAAAUGACAUCGGCAAGGCGUAUCCUGCUGUGAAAUACACCGUUGAUCUUGUUACGGGGUCAACAUUAGGCAGCCAAAGUUGUGCGUCAACAUGAUUCUCAUCCCCACAUCUGAUCAUUCAGGGUGCUUAUCACGAAUCAUCCGACCAACUCCUAUCUGUUUUCAGAAUUUUGCUCUGUGGCUUCAAUCCAUAAACCUCUGUUAUUUUCUUAGUGUAAUGGAGCUACAGGCUGGAAGUCAUGCACUCUUAUGUAACUCUUGGCACUAUUGCUAUGGCCUAUGGUCUUUAUUUAUGGCACCGUCUCCUUUUGGUU